CUGUGCGCGGCCUGGGGCCGGGCCGCGAGCGCAGCUCUUGUUUAAAGGGCCGGCGCGGCACGUGGCUCGGACGCAGCUCGCGGCCGCGGGGCAGGGGCUCCGAGGCUGGGCGGCUCCGCUCCGCUCCGCCUCCGCCCGCGCGCCCGCCAGGCCUGACAACCGCCCGAGCGGAGCGGCCGAGAGAGGGACUCCAGCAGCCAUGGCCGAGGCGGCGCCCGACCGGGCCCCAGAGAGGGACAAGCACGCAGGGGACGGAAGGCCUUCCACGCCUCCUCCCUCGCCCUGGCCGGCCGCAGAGAAGAACUCGUACCUCUACUCCACGGAGAUCACGCUGUGGACCGUGGUGGCCGCCGUCCAGGCCGUGGAGAAGAAAGUGGACUCCUGUCUGGCCCGCCUGCUGGCUCUGGAGGGGCGGGCGGGGACGGCCGAGAGGAAGCUGGCCGACUUCGAGAAGACGUCCUCAGAGCUGGGGAGCCAGCUGGAGGGCAAGUGGGCCGUGCUGGGCACGCUGCUGCAGGACUACGGGCUGCUGCAGAGGCGCCUGGAGAACAUGGAGAACCUGCUGAGGAACAGGAACUUCUGGGUGCUGCGGCUGCCCCCGGGCAGCAAGGGGGAGGUCCCCAAGGUGCCCGUGACCUUUGACGAUGUGGCCGUGUACUUUUCCGAGCUGGAGUGGAGCAGGCUGGACGAGUGGCAGAAGGAGCUGUACAAGCACGUGAUGAGGGGCAACUACGAGAUGCUGGUCUCCCUGGAUUACGCCAUCUCCAAACCGGACAUCCUCGCCAGGAUGGAGAGGGGAGAGGAGCCUUGUCCUGAAGGCCUGUGGGGUCAGGACGAGGGGCAAGAGAGAGAGGCAGCUCGCCCGGAGAGGCCCGGCACUGGUCCCAGGGACAGCAGGGAGCCAUCUCCCAGAGUGCCGCUGACUCGUGUGUCCCUGCUCUCCCUCCGUAUCCAGAGCGUGUCCCCAGCCCAGCCACGGUCUGACCCGGAGGGGCCCAGGGAAAGGCCGGCCCCCGAAGACCAGAGAGGCUCAGGAGCGAGAGGGCCCCCGCCGGGACCAAGCACGGCGCCCCCGGCCAGCACCGGCACUUUGUCCUCAGUGAAGCAGGAGGAGGCGUCUUCAGGUGGGGAGUCCCCGGCCUCCACCCCCAAGGACCUCCCGCCCGACAUGGGACCAGGCGGUGUUGCCGGUGUGGUCAUCAAGACAGAAGCGCGGUCUGAGGACGAGAUGGUGGCGGAGCAGCUCUUCCUGGUGAGGUCCCCCGGCCAGGCCCAGAGCACAGUCCCCGAGGGGCCCAGCAGCCGGACCGGGGAUCCCCACCAGCGUCAUGCCCGGGCGGCGCCCAGGGUGCGGGCCGGGGACCCGCGGCCUCGGCCAGCAGGGGCGGCGGGGGAGACGCCGCGCGUCCUCCCUCGCCGCCGGCGGGAGCGGGCCUUCCCUUGCCCGGACUGCGGGCAGAGCUUCCGCUUGAAGAUCAACCUGACCAUCCACCAGCGGACCCACGUGGACGGGGAGGCGGGGGAGGUCCGGGGCGGCGCGCCCGCCGAAUGGGGCGAGGCGCCCUCCACGCUGGAGCCGGGGGAGGUGGUGGUGCCCGGGCCCGUCAUCCGCUGGCUCCCGGAGGAGCCCGAGAGCCACCGUGCCCUGGCGGGCCGGCCCUUCGCGGGGCGCAGGCCGGCGGCCUCCAAGGUCUACCACUGCAGCGAGUGCCUGCGCUUCUUCCAGCGGCGGAAGAGCCUGCUGCUGCACCAGCGCCUGCACACGGGCAACAGCCAGGGCUGGCCCGCCUGCCCCUACUGCGGCAAGGCCUUCCGCAGGCCCUCGGACCUCUUCCGGCACCAGCGCAUCCACACGGGCGAGCGGCCCUACCAGUGCCCGCAGUGCGGCCGCGCCUUCAACCGGAACCACCACCUGGCCAUCCACAUGCAGACCCACGCGCGCGGCCCGCCCCGGCCCCGGCCCAGCCGCUCGGAGGAGGGCUGACCAGGCGGGAGCCCCGGCGGCAGCGGCAGGACCUGCUCUCCACCUGCGGGACCCUUCCCUUCAUGCUUGCUCUGGUUCCUCAUUCUGGGAUGCCUUUGGAGAGGUU